AUGGACCUCCCAGGUCUUCUUCAACUUCUGUCGCUUCUUCUUUUGCUUCAUGGAAGUCACACUGAAGCUCAGGGGAGCUGUGGAAGUGGGGAGUUUCAGUGCACCAGUGGACAAUGUAUAAACAUAGCCUGGAGGUGUGAUGGAACUAAAGACUGCACCGAUGAUUCAGACGAGCUCAACUGUCCUCCUUCGUCAUGCAGCUCACAGCAGUUUAAAUGCGUGACAAGCGGCGAAUGCAUCGAUUUGGGUUUUGUCUGCGACGGGGAGGAAGACUGCAAGGACGGCUCAGACGAACAAAGAACAUGCGGCGGUCGAACAUGCAGCCCGGACAAGUUCACCUGCCAGGAGGGCCAGUGCAUCCCUGGUAAAUACAAAUGUGACCAUGUGAAAGACUGUGUGGACAACUCUGACGAAAACAACUGCAACUAUCCACAGUGCACUGAGAAGACGUGCGCCAACGGUGCAUGCUACAACCACUCUCAGCAUUGCAAUGGACUGCAGGACUGCAGAGAUGGCUCGGAUGAGUUUAACUGCACCACCAAGCAUUGCCCCAUCCACCAGUAUCAGUGUGCCAAUGGCUUCUGCAUACCCAAUCCGUUCGUGUGCGACCACUGGGACGACUGUGGGGACAACAGUGAUGAGCAAGGCUGCGUAUACCAAAGCUGUAGCGGCGAUGAGUUCACGUGUUCGAGCGGCCGUUGUAUUCCCCAGCGUUGGGUGUGUGACCACUUUAAUGACUGCGGAGACUACAGUGAUGAAAAAGGCUGUGACAGUGACUCCCGAGAUUGUUACCCUGGCGAGUGGGGCUGCCCGGGUUCACCAGCUUGUAUACCAGUGGGAAAAGUGUGUGAUGACAAACCGGACUGUCCUGGUGGAACUGAUGAGACCAACUCCACUGCUCAGCAGACCUGCAGCCUGGAACGCUGCUCAGCCUUGAGCUGCGAGUAUCUAUGCCAUGUGUCUCCACAGGGGGGCACCUGCUACUGCCCUGAUGGUUUCAUUGUAGGCAAUGACAGUCGCUCCUGUGUAGACUACAAUGAUUGUCAAAUCUGGGGCAUAUGUGACCAGCAAUGCGAAGACCGGCCGGGGACGCAUCAUUGCAGCUGUGCCGAUGGCUACUUGCUGGAGCAGGGUCACAUCUGCAAGGCCAGUGUGUCAGAUGGAAUGCCGCAGCUCAUUUACACAGACGGAGGAGAGGUGAUGAUGGCCGACAUCCACGGCCACUACGUCCAAACUCUGGUGCCUGCUCAGGGAAAAGGUUCCGCUGUCGGUGUAGCGUACCACAGGCACAGUCAGACCGUCUUUUGGAGUGACACACACACCAAAAAGGUGUAUUCUGCCAACUAUAAUGGAGGUAACAUUCGGGAGGUUCUGACCACUGCAGUCCAGAAUGUGCAGAACUUGGCGGUGGACUGGAUCAACUUCAAAUUGUAUGUGUUGGAAGCCAUGGUGGAGCGCAUUGAUGUGUGUGACUUUGAAGGAGGGAAUCGAGUCACCCUGGUUGCUGAGAACCUGCAGAGUCCUCAUGGCCUGGUCCUGGACCCAACAGUAGGUUACAUGUUCUUCACCGACAAGGGCAUUAGCAAUGAGAACAUGAAGCUCGAACGGGCUUUCAUGGACGGCAGCAACCGUGUGGACCUGGUGAAGACCAGGCUGGGCACUCCAACUGGAAUUAGCGUAGAUAUAGUCACAAAGAGGGUCUACUGGUCUGACAGCCACUUUGACACAGUGGAAACCGUCACUUAUCAUGGUUUGGACAGGAAAGUAGUCCUCAACGGUGCAACCCAGUCUCCACAUCCUUUCGGAAUGGCUGUAUUCGAGAACCACGUGUUCUUCACGGAUUGGACCAAGAUGGGGUUGGUGAGAGCCAACCGCUUCAACGGCAGCAGCCCGGUGCUCCUCUAUCGUACCGCCAAGCGACCAGGCCAUGUUGUUGUCUCUCACUCUAUCCUGCAGCCCAUUGUGAUGAACCCUUGCGGAAGACACAACGGUGGCUGUCAGCACAUUUGUGUCCUGAGCCACCGCACGGACAAUGAUGGUUUGGGAUACCGCUGCAAGUGUCGCCACGGUUACGACCUGCAGUCAGACCUUCACACUUGUUUCAAGAUAAAGCACUACUUGUUGGUUGCCACCUCUCUGGCCCUGCGAGGGAUCCCGCUCACCAUCUCCCUCCAAGAAGACGUCACCCUGCCCCUCACAGGGCUCGCCUCGUCUUUUUCUGGCUCUGCUGUGGAGUUUGAUGGCCAAGAGGAGGUGAUUUUCUACAAUGACAGGUCAAAAGGCCUUGUCUAUAAGUCCAACCUCAAUGGCACAGUUCAACAGAUUUUGACAGGCUACAGGGUUGGAUCAAUUGAUGCUAUGGCCUAUGACUGGACUUCCAAAGUUUUGUUCUGGACCUCUAACUCCUUCAAGACAGUGGUGGCCUUCAGAAUCACAGACAAGUCCAUGAAAGACGUUGUCACCGGAUUAAGGACCCCAAAGGGACUUGCAGUGCAUCCCGGUGCCGGCUACUUGUUUUGGUCCGACACGUAUCGCCCAGCGGUGAUCAUGAGAGCUUACUCUGAUGGCAGCAAUGGAGUUCCUUUGGUCAACACAACACUUGGGUGGCCAUAUGGACUUGCUCUUGACUAUUUACAGGACCGCUUGUAUUGGGUCGACUCCCUCUUGGACCAGAUUGGACACAUUGACAUUCAAGGCAACAACAGACAGACCUUCAGCAAUAUUGGACAGAUCACACAACCGUAUUCACUGACUGUUUAUUCAGACUACCUGUACGUCGUCGAUACACGGACCAGAGCAAUAUUUGAGCUGAGGAAGAGGGAUGGAGGAGGUAACAUGAUGAUCAGACAAGGAAUCAACGGAAUUUGGAAGGUCAAGGCCUACACAGCCGACCUCUAUAGUAAUAUCAAUAGUCGCUGCAAUGCCGUGGCAAACGGGCGCUGCAGUCACUUCUGCUUCCCGACUCCGUCCUACAGCCGCGUGUGUGGCUGUCCGUACGGCAUGAAGCUGCAGAUCAACCAGAUGGACUGCGUCAAGGACGACAGCGUUCCGCCACCGGAUAACAACUGCGGCGACUACGCCUCUGAGUGUGACGAGGGGCGAUGCAUAUCCAACUCUUACUUCUGCGAUGGCUAUUUGGACUGCGUGGAUAAGUCUGAUGAGGCCAACUGCACAGACACAGGAGCAACCUGCUCUCCCAGUGCCUUCACCUGCAACAACAAGCAUUGCAUCAUGUCCUGGUGGCACUGUGAUGGCACAGACGACUGUGGCGACGGCUCGGAUGAAAUAAACUGUCCCACUCGAGUGCCCACCACCUGUUCGUCUCAUUCAUUCACCUGCGAUAACAACAGAUGCAUUUCCAGUGCGUGGUUGUGCGACGGCGACAACGACUGUGGAGACGGCUCUGAUGAGCACAACUGCAAUUCCACCAUCACCACCUGUUCGCCUGCCUACUUCCUGUGUCCCGACCACCGUUGCAUACACAACUCGUACGUGUGCGAUGGCGACCAGGACUGCUUGGAUGGAUCGGAUGAGAAAAACUGCGAGUUUCCCUGCACAUCCUAUGAGUUUGCCUGCGCCAGUGGCGACCAGUGUGUUAGUAACAGUUAUCACUGUGACGGUGUCUUUGACUGUAGGGACCAUUCUGAUGAGCGAAACUGUCCCACUCGAGGCCCGGGCCUGUGCCACAACGACGAGUUCCAGUGUCAAACUGACGGCGUUUGCGUCCCGGACGAGUGGGAGUGUGAUGGCCAUCCCGAUUGCGAGGACGGUUCAGAUGAGCACAUCUCCUGCCCUCCUGUCACCUGUGGGUCCAGCUACUUCCAGUGCCCUAACAAGAUUUGCAUCCCAAAAUACUGGCUGUGCGACGGCGAGAACGACUGCCGAGACAUGAGCGACGAGCAGAACUGUCCCACGCCUCCAUUCCAAUGUCCUGGCGGCCAGUGGUUGUGUCCCACUGACCAGGUGUGCAUCAUGCAAGACAAAGUGUGCGACGGCCAGAAAGACUGCCCUAAUGGAGCGGACGAGUCACCUGUCUGCAACGAGGACGACUGCAUACUAAACAACGGCGGCUGCAGCCACAUCUGCAUUCAAGGACCGUUCGGGGCUGAGUGCAGCUGUCUCCCGGGUUUCCAGCUGCUCAACGACUCCAAGACCUGCGAUGAUAUCAAUGAGUGUCUCAUCCCGGGUUUCUGCAGCCAGAAGUGCUACAAUGAGAGAGGAAGCUUCCGCUGUUACUGCUCUGAAGGUUACCUUCUGGAGCCCGAUGGACGCACCUGCAAAGCUACAGACCGUCUAGCAGCCGUGCUUCUGGUGGCCAAGCGUAGCCAGGUCAUAGCCAACAAGAUCAAUGCAAACCCUCCACAGAUCAGUCCAGUGGUGGCUGGUUCAAACAUUGUGUCUGUGGACUUUGACCGCGUGACUUCCAGGAUCUAUUGGGCCGACGCCACCCUGAAGAAGAUUUGGAGUGCUUACCAAAAUGGAACUGACAGAAAGGAAAUUUUUUCUAGUGGUCUGAUGGUGCCAGAGAGCAUCGCUGUGGACUGGGUGGGCAGGAACCUCUAUUGGACCGACUCCGUCAUGGAGAACAUCGAAGUGUCCACUCUGGACGGUCGCUUCCGUAAAGUGCUCCUCACCAAAAACGUCACAAGCCCCCGCGGCCUGGUUUUAGACCCUCGUAACUAUACCAACUUUAUGUUCUGGACGGACUGGGGUCAGAACCCCAGGAUAGAGCGGGCCGACAUGGAUGGAGCCAUGAGACAAGUCAUUGUCAGUGACAAGAUUUACUGGCCCAACGGCCUGGCGCUGGACUACACCACACGUAGGGUCUACUUUGCAGACGCCUACCUCAAAUACAUUGACUACUGCGACUACGACGGGAACAACCGCCAUCAAGUCAUGGCGAGCGACAUGGUCCUCCAGCACCCGCAUGGCAUGACCAUCUUUGAGGACAGCGUCUACUGGUCAGAGCGCUAUACCAGCAAAGUGAUGAGCACUAACAAGUUCCAUGGUGGCAACAUCACCACACUGAUGAACAGCGUGUACCAGCCCAUGGGCAUUGUUAUGGACCAUCCCAUUAAACAACCUGCAGGCAUCAAUCCAUGUAGAGAACAUCUGUGCAGUCAACUCUGCCUGCUGUCAGGCUUCAGGCCAAGGUACUACACCUGCCACUGUCAGUCUGGAUGGAAGCUGGAUACUGAUAAACGCACUUGUAUCAAAGAUGAAACUCCCUUCUUGAUGGUGGAGAGCCUUUCAGUGAUUUACGGCGUUCCUCUGGACCCCGCCGACACCUCCAACAAUGCGAUGGCGCCUGUGUCAGGCAUCAAUCAGGGUCGGGACAUGGAGUUUGAUGACCAGGAGCAGUUUGUUUACUGGGUUGAAUCUUCAGGUUCUAUAUGGCGAGUUCACACCAACGGCACUAACAGGUCUCAGUUUGCACCAUCUGCUUUCAUGGGCGAGCCCUUUCGUCUGGCGUUUGAUUGGAUAAGCCGAAUAUUGUAUUAUAGCAACCUUGGGGCUAAAUCCAUAGAGGUCAUUCGUGUUGAUGGAAGACAGUACUAUCGAAAGACCAUCAUCACCUCUACAGGGAAACCAGAGGGAGUAGGACAGCCAUUCGGAUUAGCCGUAGAUCCAGCAAGAGGGAAAUUGUUCUGGACGGAUGCGGGGUCAGACGAUGGUGUUCCUCCAAAAGUGGCCAGUGCUGACAUGGAUGGGAGCAACCUCACAAUCCUCUAUACAGGCAACCUGGCUAACGUAGGCUACCUCGCUGCUGAUAUUUCCACCAGGAAACUUUAUUGGGGCGUGGCAGGCUCAGGAGUGAUUGAGAGUGGCACCAUGGACGGAGCGAGCCGGGUGACAGUGGUCAGUGGCCUGUCUUACCCGGUGGGGUUGACGAUCUACCAGAACUACCUCUAUUACGCUGACAAGGACUAUCAGGUCAUUGAGAGGGUGGACAAAGACACAGGCGCCAACCAGGUGGUGAUAAGAAGCGGGAUGCGCCAACUUCGUGCUGUAAAGGUGCACGCCAGAGACAACUCUGCAGGGACCGCCAACGCCUGCAGCUCCAACAACGGGGGCUGCCCUCACCUCUGUCUGCCCAAACCCAACAACCAAAAGGUCUGCGCAUGCACGACUGGCUUUUACCCAUCUCACGAUGGCUCAGAAUGUGAAGAGUUUGACUCCUUCGCUGUGGUCUCCACGCCCAAAUACAUCCGCGGCUUUCACAUAAACAGCUCGGAUCACUCCGAGGCCAUGGUGCCGAUCGGUGGAUCUUCUUCUUCCGUAAGGCAGAAUUUAGGCCUGCACAUCGAAAGUGGAUUUGUUUAUUGGACUGAGAACAGCACCUCCUCCUCCUACAAGGGCAUCUCCAGGAGAAAAACUGAUGGAUCAUACUACCAAAGGGUUGUCUACUCUGGUGUUGGAAAAGGAGGCAUCCCUGGACUUGCAGUGGACUGGGUUUCUAACAACUUGUACUUCACAAACGCCUUCGAGAGCGAGACCUACCUUGAAGUGUUGGCCAUCAACACCACAUACCGACUGGUCCUUCUAAAGUCCUCCCACGACAGGCCCUCUGACCUGGCUGUCAACCCCAAGCUGCGCUACCUUUUCUGGACAGAUGCUGGCCAAAUGCCCAAGAUAGAGCGGGCCCUUCUGGAUGGCACCAACCGCACAGUGCUGGCAUCUGCGAGCCUGGCAUCUCCUCGCGGCCUCACCAUUGAUCACACUAAUGACUUCCUCUACUGGACAGAUGACAUUCUGGACAUGAUCUCAUGUAUGGCUCCGGAUGGCUCACAGCGGCAGAUAGUCCGCUAUGGGAGUCGCAUUCCAAUGCCUGUGGGGGUUGCUAUACUUGGAAACUACAUGCUGUGGGUGGAUAAAAGGCUAGAAAAGCUCUUGCAGGCCAGUAAAGAUCCAGCAAACACUAACCAGACAGAGGUAAUCCGAGACAGCCUCAAAGGUGUUUCGGACGUGGCCAUUUUUGAUCCUCAUGUCCAGCCCACAUCGGCUCACCAGGUUGACUUCAACCCAUGUCAGGAGGACAACGGGCGUUGCCAGCAAUUCUGCUUUGCUAUACCAGACCAGGACCACCCUAAAUGCGCCUGCGCUCACGGGUCGCUCCUUAGUAACGGAGUGACCUGCGGCUAUGGACAAGAUGAUUUUCUAGUUUUCACCACAGACUACACACUGAAUAGUGUGAGGCUGGACCCCGCGGAUCACAGCAGUCCUUUCCCAACUUUGAACCUGGGCUACAACUUGAUGGCAUUGGAUUUUGACUACAAGGAGAGGCGUGUUUUCUUCACCCAGUACAUGGGGUUAGGCCGGAGCAGGAUUGGUUACAUCACCACCACAUCCAUUAGUAGCUCACCAACCAUCAUCGCUUCAAAUCUGGAUGACCCCGAGGGCUUGGCAUAUGACUGGGUCCACAAACGCCUUUACUACACCGACUACUAUCGCAGGAAUAUCCAGUCAUUAGGAGUGGACGGGUUGAACCGCACUGUCAUUGCCCCUGCAAACCGUCCCCGAGGCAUCAUAGUCGACCCUUGCUAUGGUUACCUGUACUGGACUGACUGGGGCAGCCCUGCCAAAAUUGAAAGAGCUACACUGGGUGGAAACUUCCGAACUCCCAUCAUUAACACCAGCUUGUCCACACCCAAUGGUCUCUCAAUUGACUUUGAGGAGAGGAUGUUGUACUGGGCUGAUGCCUCACAAGACAAAAUCGAACGCUCCACCCUGACAGGCGCAAACAGGCAGGUGAUUGUGCUGGGGGUGCAGUACCCCUUUGCCAUGACAGUCUUCAAGCAGGACAUCUUCUGGACCGACUGGACGGAAAGGGGCGUCUUCAGGGCAGGGAAAGAUGAUGGGUCUGGCGUCACCGUGCUGGCCCAAGACCUUCAGUACCGGCCUAAUGAUAUUCACGUCUAUGCCGCGUCCAAGCAGGAGAGUUGCUCCAGCUUCUGCAUGCAGUUCAAUGGCGGCUGCAGCCACGUCUGUGUAUCUGGCCCAGAUGGACCAGAGUGUCAGUGCCCCCAUGAGGGCAAGUGGUACUUGGCCAAUAAUGGCAAAGACUGCAUCCAAGACAACGGCAAGCGCUGCCAGCCUGACCAGUUCACGUGUCUCAGCGGCAAAUGCAUCACAGCUAGCUGGAAGUGUGACGGCUACGAUGAUUGCAAGGACAACACGGACGAGCUGGAGAGAGUGUGCGCUUUCCACACCUGCUCGGGUGCGCAGUUCACCUGUGACAAUGGCCGCUGCGUGCCGCUCAGCUACGCCUGUGACUACAUGGAUGACUGCGGAGACAACAGCGAUGAGCACGGCUGCCCCUUCCCUACCUGCAACCCUGACACCGAGUUCACCUGCGGCAGUGGACGUUGCAUCAGUGCCUCUUUUGUCUGUGACGGCUACAACGACUGCCGCGACAAUGCCACCUCGGAUGAAAUUAACUGCCCUGACAGGAACUGUCCGUCGGGCCAGGUCAAAUGUGACACCACCAACAUCUGCAUCUAUCCCGACAAACUGUGCGACGGCUACAACAACUGCGGCGACAACAGCGACGAGAAGCCUCUCUUCUGCGCGGGUCGUACGUGUCCUCCUGACAAGUUCCAGUGUGACGUCGGCAAGUGCAUCCCCAUCUCUUUUGUGUGUGACUUUUACGACGACUGCAGUGAUGGGACUGAUGAACCUUCGACAUGUGAACAUAAUGUGCGAACUUGCAGCGCCAGCCAGUUCACAUGUACCAACGGAAACUGCAUCCCUCAGUCCAUGAUCUGUGACGGCAACAACGACUGCUGGGAUAAUAGUGACGAGGCUCCGGAGCUGGAGUGUGGUCAACGUACAUGCAGUUCGAACCAGUUCACCUGCCCUACCUGGUACCCGGGUCACCCACGCUGCGUGUCCUUAAACUUUGUGUGUGACGGGGACAAAGACUGCGUUGAUGCGGCUGAUGAGCUCCAAAACUGCCCCAAUCGGACCUGCCACAUGAACGAGUUUGCCUGUGCAAACGGCCUUUGCAUCUACCUCCCCUUCCAUUGCGACCAUGUGAACGACUGCGGGGAUGGCAGCGACGAGCUGGGCUGUACUUACGACACGUGCAGCAGCUUCCAGUUCACCUGCGGCAACGGGGCUUGCAUCUACUCGGCUUACACCUGCGACGGCACUAACGACUGCCUGGAUGGUUCCGACGAAGCGGACAGCUUGUGUGUCACGCCACAGCCCACGUGUGCACCGCUUCAGUAUAUGUGCAAGUCGGGCGAGUGCAUCGAUGAGAAGAACGUGUGCAACGGCGUGAAGGACUGCCAGGACGACAGUGACGAAAAAGGCUGCGGGAUAAAUGAGUGCCGCAACCCAUCAGUCCACCAGUGUGCCCAGCUGUGCACGGACACGCUCACCGGCUAUUUCUGCUCCUGCAACCCCGGCUACCAGCUCAUGCCUGACGGCAAAGCCUGCGAAGAUCUCAACGAGUGCAACACGACACCGUCCGUCUGCAGCCAGAUCUGCGAGAACACCGCAGGAUCCUAUCACUGCAAAUGCGCCCCGGGAUACCUGCGGGAACCAGAUGGGCGCACCUGUCGGCAGAACAGUGGUAUCAACCCGUAUCUGUUGUACACCAAUCGCUACUACAUCCGCAACUUGACCACAGAUGGAUCCCAGCUGAGCAUUGUCCUGCAAGGGCUCUCCAAAGUGGAGGCUCUGGAUUACGAUUAUUCCGAGAAGAUGCUUUAUUGGUUCGAUGCCGGAGUGGGAAAGAUUGAGAGGAUGCGUUUUGACGGGAGCGACAGGAAGGUGCUGGUGGAUAAUGGCAUCCUCGGAGCAGAGGGUCUGGCGAUUGAUUGGGUCGGCAGGAAGUUGUACUGGGUGGACAGUUACUACGGCGCUGUCCAUGUGAUGGAGUUGGAUGGUCGCUACAUGAAGAAGCUGAUCACCGGCCACUUCACAAACGGAAACUACACUUAUACCAUCACCCGGCCUCGUGCUGUGGCUGUGAACCCCAAAUACGGAUGGCUGUACUGGACCGACUGGGCUGACACCCCAUAUAUCGGCAGGGCAGGCAUGGAUGGAAGCAAUGUCACUGCCAUUAUAACUGCUAAGCUGGAGUGGCCCAAUGCUCUGACUAUAGACUACACCACCAACAAGAUCUUCUUUGCUGAUUCCCACCUUAACUUUCUAGACUUUGCAGACAUGGAUGGCAAGAACCGACACCGAGCCAUUGCUGGCUCAUUGCCACAUGUUUUUGCAGUGUCCCUUUUUGAGGACUGGGUGUACUGGACAGAUUGGAACACACACAACCUGGAAAAGGCUCACAAAUACACCGGUGAAGGCCGGAUGGUCAUGGGCAACAACACACACCGACCUUAUGACCUUCAUGUGGUCCACCCCUACAGGCAACCACGAAGUGAGAACCCAUGCUCGUCCCACACUCUGACCUGCAGUCAUCUGUGUCUGAUUGCGCCGGGUGGUCAGAGGGCCACGUGUGAGUGUCCGGAUAACUUUAUUGGCAUUUCUGUGGGAUUCAAGAUCCAGUGUGUUGCCGACUGCUCCAGCACCGAGUUCCGCUGUGGGGACAAUGAGAGGUGUAUUCCGAUAUGGUGGAAGUGUGACGGCCAAUCAGACUGCGGAGACGGCUCAGAUGAACCUCAGACCUGCCCACCCCGAUAUUGUCCCAUUGGCCGCUUCCAAUGUAAAGACGGAAACUGCACCUAUCCUGGCUUCAUCUGCGACGCCCAUCCAGACUGUCCCGAUGGUUCUGAUGAGGACGCCGCUCUCUGCAGUGACCAUCGAUGCGAGGACAACCAGUUCCAGUGCAAGAACAAGAUGUGCAUCCCCAUGUCGUGGCACUGCGAUGGCUCCAACGACUGCUCUGACGGCAGCGACGAGGAGGCGGAAACUUGCGCCCAGAGAACCUGCCAACCGGGCCACUUCCAAUGUGCCAAUGGCAACUGUUUGCCAUCCAGCUACGUGUGCGACGCGCAGGACGACUGUGGCGACGGAUCCGACGAGCCUUAUGAAACCUGCAUGGGUCCAGACUACAAGUGCGACGAAACGGAGUUCUCCUGCAAAACAAACUACCGCUGCAUUCCUCAAUGGGCAAGAUGUGAUGGCACCAACGACUGCAUUGACAACAGCGACGAGCAAGGCUGCGAGGAGGUGACUUGUGACCCUCAGGGCGAUUUCCGUUGCGACAACCACCGCUGUGUCCCCAUUCGCUGGAAGUGUGAUGGAAGCAACGACUGCGGCGACGGCUCGGACGAGAGAGACUGCCAGCCCAGGCCUUGCACAGAGAGCGAGUUCCGAUGUGACAACGCACAGUGCAUCCCCGGGAAGUGGGUGUGCGACCAUGACAAUGACUGUGGGGACAACUCAGAUGAGCGAGACUGUGAGUUGCAGACAUGUCGUCCAGGCUUGUUUCAGUGUGACUCGGGUCAUUGCAUCCCGUCUGUGCUGCAGUGCGACGGCCGUCCUGACUGUCAGGAUCUAUCAGACGAGACCAGCUGCCCCACUCGUUACCCAGGAGGCCGUUGGUGCCCACAGUGGCAAUUUGAGUGCGCCAACCAUCUGUGUCUGUCCCCAAACUGGGUGUGUGACGGCAAUGACGACUGCGGCGACCGCUCUGAUGAGCAGCUGGCUUUAUGCCUGAACAUCACCUGUGAGAUGCCCUCUAGAUUCCGCUGUGCCAACGGCUACUGUGUCUACUCCGGCCUGCUGUGCAACCAGAAGGACGACUGUGGCGAUGGCAGUGACGAGAAGGAGGAACUAUGCCGCCAGCCCACCCUGCCCCCCUGCACACUGGACCAGUUUAAAUGCACCAAUGGACACUGUGUGCCUCUGCCCUAUGUAUGCGACCACAAUGACAACUGCGGAGAUCGCACCGAUGAGUUGGGCUGCAAUUUCGGCCAUGAUCGCAAUUGUGAGGAAAAGGUUUGCCAACAUGAAUGCAUCAAUUUGAACGGCACCGGUUUCAUCUGCUCCUGCAGGCCCGGAUACAUGGUGGACCCGGACAACACCUACAAUUGCCUGGACAUCAAUGAGUGCGAGGUGUUUGGCACCUGCCCUCAGCUCUGUAAGAACACCAAAGGCAGCUACGACUGCGAGUGCGCUCCCGGCUAUCGCAAAGUUGGCAACGGCGACAUGUGCGAGGCCGAAGGCUCCACUCCCUUGCUUCUUCUACCAGAGAACAUUCGAAUCCGGAGGUUCAACCUUCAGACACAGGCCUACCACGACUUCCUCCAGGAGGCAGAGCGCAUCGAGGCAGUGGACUACGACUGGGAUCACAAUAACACCGGAUUCAGUAUGGUCUACUUCACUGUGUCCAGCAAGGGCUCUGCCCCAGGCGCCAUUAAGAGAGCUUAUAUACCGUCACUGGACGAUGGCAGCAACAACAUUGGGGCCGCUGUUGACCUCGGGAUUAAGUACAUCACAAGACCAAAUGGCAUUGCUGUGGACUGGGUGGGCAGGAACCUGUACUGGGCCGACUCCAGGCUGAAGAGGUUAGAGGUGGCCAUGUUGGAUGGACGCUACAGGAAGCACUUGGUCAAGACUGAUCUGGGCGAGCCGUCUGCUGUGGCAGUCAACCCACGACUGGGGAUGUUGUACUGGUGCGACCGUGGGGAAGUAGCCAAGAUUGAAUGUUCUUGGCUGGACGGUCAAGAAAGGAAGAUUCUCGCGGUGGAAAACCUGGGUUGGCCCACCGGUCUCUCCAUUGACUUUGCUAAUAACGACAGAAUCUACUGGUCAGACUCCAAAGAGAGCCGCAUUGAGUCGGUUCUGCCUUCUGGAGAAGAUCGCAGAACUGCAGUCUACAUAGACGUGAGGAGGCCCUUCAGUGUGAAUGUGUUUGAGGACCAUGUUUACUGGAGCACGCAGAGCAAAGGCGAGGUGUUCCGGCAGGACAAGUUCGGCAGGGGUACCAAGACCAAGCUGCUGACAGUUGGACCCUGGCUGACCCAGGUGUCUGUGUACCAGCAGCAGAGAUACAACUCCAUCAACAUGAAGAACCCAUGUAAAGGAACGUGCAGCCACCUGUGUCUACUGCGUCCGGGGGGCUACUCCUGCGCCUGUCCCGAGGGCACCGAAUUCGUUGCUGGAAGUAAGACACAGUGUGAUGCAGGAUUUGACCCACAACCCACCAUGCCUCCACCAUGCCAGUGUCAAAAUGGCGGCACUUGCUACUUUGAUGACAACCAGGCCCUCUGCAAGUGUCCUCCAGAAUGGAAGGGAGAGUACUGCCAGACAAGCAUAUACGACGUGGUGGCAUCAUCAAUCGGCAUCGCCAUCGGAGUGACGGUGGUCAUCUUGCUUCUACUCGUCGCUCUGGUUUAUGCUGCCAGGAAGAAGUCCAACCUGCUGGAGAGGCUACGGGACAACCUGCCCUCCAUGCCCUCCAUGCCCUCCAUGCCUCCUAUGCCAUCUAUGCCAUCUCUGCCAUCUCUGCCAUCCAUGCCCAGCCUCUUCAGAAAAAAUCAAUCUUCAGACCUGUCAAGACUAGAAGACCCUGAACCAAGGUUGAAUGCAGAUGCGGUUCCAUGUAUGUCCUUGGUGGAGACGGAGCAGAAGAGUUUUGAGAAUCCAUCCUAUGAGGCUGAAAAACUAGCUCUUAGUAGGAGCAUGCCAACCACAGUUGCACCAAAUGGAAGCACCGAGAAGAGUAUCACCAAUCCAUUGUAUGUGGAGGAGGAGGAACCCACAAGAAUGAGCAAACCUGCAUCUGCCAAAAAGGAGGCCUUUGAAAACCCGGCAUACAGCUCCGACACUGAAAAUGCCGACAUCACUUCACAACCUUCUAGCACACAGAGAUUUGAACCCAUCGGGGAUGAGGGAUGUGUGUCUUUCAAAAACCCAGUGUACACUACUCCCACAGAUGAUUCCAACAUCUAACAUGGUAUCAACACGCUUGUUUCCACCUCUGCUUUAUUUAUAAAUAACAAAUCAGCAAAAUGUGUCAAAUAAGUCAUGUGUAUGGUAUGAUUGCAAUGUAAUACAUUUUUUGCAUUACAACCUGUUUUCUAGUGAAUGAACCUUGUGUACAUUUUGA